ACUGUUUCGCCUUCACGCGCCGCCCGUGCCUCCCUCGCUGACUCCGCGCUGUCAUAGGGUCGUGCGUCUGCGCCGUGGCAAGUGCUUGCAGAGGGUGCCCGGCCGUGCGAGUUUGGCAAGCAUUGUUCCUUCCAUCCCUCAGCAUGGCUCCCGGACUUGUAGACGCAAGCCGCGUUUCUACCGACUUGCCGCCACGCAAGAAAUUCAAGCCCUCCUCGCUGCCGGAUGUCCAGGCCGACGACAUUUUGGACGCAGAAACUGCAGCCGCUGCUGUCCCUCCUCAUCCGCUGGGCGUGAGACCAGCGGGCAACGCAUACACAGCCACCGAAAACAUCAAGGCCAACUGCGGCUCAUUCGCACGGCUCCCAGACGAGCUUUUGAACCACAUUUUUGAGUCAUUCGAUGCCGAAACGUUGAGGCGCCUGGGAGGCACCUGUCGAGCAUUAUACGCCUUCACCCGGCUCGACGAGCUGUGGAGAGCCUUGUUUGUUAGUGCACCGCCCAAGGACUUUGUGUGGCGCGGGACCUGGCGCGCAACCUACCUAGGCAUACCCCUAGAGCACGUAGCCUCUAUCCCCUGCCGGAACCUCUUCUCAGACGUGCUCUAUCGACCUUUCCAAUGCGCACACGUCUCCUUGGCACCAUUUACAUCCAACAUUCCUCUGCACAAUGAGAUCGACCGACUUCUCAAUCUAACCUACGAGGAGUACGCCGACAGAUGGACAAACAAGCCCUUCAUCCUCACCGAGCCCGUAAAAGAAUGGCCCGUCUAUGGCAAAUGGACCCCAGAGUAUCUCUUACACAAGUACCCGGAUGUGAAAUUCCGUGCUGAAGCCGUUGACUGGCCCAUGGAAAAGUACAUGUCAUACAUGUCCCACAACGCGGACGAAUCCCCCCUGUACCUCUUCGACCGCGCUUUCGUCGAAAAGAUGGGAAUAGCCGUAGGCCGCGAUGCCGCCAACGCAGCGUACUGGCCGCCCGACUGCUUCGGCGAGGAUCUCUUCGAGGUGCUUGGCGACCAGCGGCCAGACUCCCGCUGGAUGAUCAUGGGCCCGAAACGCAGCGGGAGUACCUUCCACAAGGACCCCAACGCGACGAAUGCGUGGAACGCAGUAUUGACUGGCGCAAAGUACUGGCUCAUGUUCCCCUCGAGCAGUAGUCUCCCGCCGCCUCCAGGUGUUAUACUUUCGGACGACCACUCCGAGAUCACCUCGCCGCUGUCUAUCGCAGAGUACCUUCUUACCUUCCACGCGCUCGCUCGCGAAACACCCGGCUGCAGAGAAGGCAUUUGCCGCGCCGGCGAGAUACUGCACGUCCCGUCUGGGUGGUUCCACCUCGUGCUCAAUCUGGAAGACGGCCUCGCGCUGACGCAGAAUUUCGUACCGAAGAAGAAGUUGGCUGAUGUGCUGGGCUUCUUGCGAGACCAGCGGGACCAGGUAAGCGGUUUCAAUGACGAUGUCUGCGAUCACGCAUACGAACUGUUUGUUGAGCGGCUGCGGGAGAAGCAUCCCCAGAUCCUCGAACAAGGGAUGGCGGAGCUGGAGAGAAAGAACAAGGGAGGGAGGGGCAAGUGGGAAGAGUUGACCAAGGGCGAUGACGAAGCACAAAGUGGCGGGUUCAGCUUUGGUUUUGGCGGGGGUGAUGACGACGAUGCAGAGAUCCCGUAG